ACAGAACUUUCUAAUUCUAACAACACUGAAAGGGUUUUGGAUUCUUGUGGUGUUUUCUUUGUUUUAGCCAUUUUUUUAUUGCUCUAUCAUGACUAUUUUACCAAAGAAGAAACAUUCGGAAUCAAAGAAAACUGAUACGACUUCAAACAGCGACAACAGAGCGCGAAUACGUGGAAAUUCGCCUUGGUCGUCGUCGACCAGCGUUACAGAAAGAAAUCGCUCGAGCGAAGAGUACUCAGGUCUCAGCGAAGAACAGUACCUUGGAAAUAGUUUUGAGAGCAGAGAGGCGGCCGAUGUAGCUUCUAGUAGCUCUAAAAGGCGACACAGAAGCCCUCCUCAUCGCCAUAAAUACCAUGAACGGCACAACGAAGAGACAGGAUACAACAGCUCCGAUGAACACGAUUGUACUCAAGAACAACCUCUGUCGUCUGAGGAGGUGGAGAGACAGUUUGAGCAGGCUUUAAAGGAAAAGAAAGGUUUUGUAAUCAAGAAAAUGGCACAAGAUGGUGCUUGUUUAUUUCGGGCGGUCGCUGAUCAGGUAUAUGGUGAUCAAGAGAUGCAUUCAGAAGUUAGAAGACACUGUAUGGAUUACAUGCUGAAGAAUGCAGACUACUUCUCACAGUAUGUUACUGAAGACUUUAACAGCUAUAUCAAGCGUAAGCGUGAAAAUCACUGCCACGGAAACCACAUUGAAAUGCAGGCCAUGUGUGAGAUGUAUAACAGGACAAUUGAAGUCUAUCAAUAUAGUACAGAACCCAUCAACAUCUUUCAUAGUUCCUACAAGACUGAUUAUGAACCAAUCCGCCUAAGUUACCAUAACUCUGUGCACUACAAUGCAGUCCUUAAUCCAAACAAGCCUUCUGUUGGUGUGGGACUAGGACUUUCUGGGUACAAACCAUGGGGGACCCUGGUUAAUGAUGCUUUUAAACAGUCAGAGGAUUGGCACAUAGAGCAGCAAAUGUUGGCAGAUAAACUUCGUUGUACUGAUUGGGAAGCAACAAAUGAGGCUAUGGAGGAAGCAGUAGCACGAGAAUCAUAUUUGGAAUGGCUCAGGGACAGGGAGAAACGUGCUAGGGGAACCAGAACCUUGCCUCGCUCCAGUCCAACUGCAACCAGUAGCACAUCAACAUGCACUGAGUCCAAGCGUCCUACAUCUCCCCACCACAGGGAGCGUGAUCGUGAUGCAGCAGAGAGUGCCCCUCCUAGCAAGUCCCCUCGUCAUUCACCCAGUUCCCCUCGGCACGAGACAUUUGCAAGCACCUCUUCGUCUGAAACUAAAGCGUGCCCAGCUGCAAGUAAUGCAACAACCACUUGUACAGUUAGUAGCAUGAAAACAACUUACUAUGAUUCCAAACCAGGAUGUUCAACCGAGUCAUCCAACCCACCCUCUCCCCCUGGGGCAACUGGUGGUGCUGAAGGGCCAAACUACCUCGACUAUUUGCCUCCGACUGGAUAUGGUUUUUCAGAGUGGGAGGAUGAAAGCAUUCUGGCUGCAGUUUUGGCAGAAUCCCAAAAGGAAUACUUGGAGAAUCUCAAGAAAGGUGCUGCUAAAGAUAAAUCCAGUGAUGAAGACUCCAAAUCAUAGCAUUUUUACAAAAGUUGUUCUCAUUUAUCACCAAUAUAUGAACUAUGUUUAGACGUGUUAUGCAAUUUUAGAGCAAUAUAAUUGUAUGUAAAUUGGUUUUUGGUUUGGAAAGGGUAAAUAGGAUUUUCAAUAUGGUUAAUGAAUUUUCCAAUUCAAGUGUAAUGCUUGUUUUACAAUGAUAAAUAUGGUUGUUCAAUUUGCUUAAUUUGGAAGGAACUUUGUGAGAUCCAUAGUAAUUUUUUACCUUAUGUGGUAUAGCCCAAAAUAAAUAGUUCUUCGGUAUUAGUAUUUGUUAUAUCUGCAUGCUGAAAUGGACUUGUUCAAAACACCUUUUGCUUGUUGUUUAGUCAGUAAAAUUACCAUUUCAUUGUUCA